UUGAAGUAGUUGUACUACAGAUCGUCGUUUUCGCAUUUCACAUGCAGUUGUCAAAUCUUUUCGUAGAGAUAGAUUGUUUGUACAAGCUGUCGCUAGGAACAUUUUUGUUUUCAUAUUGUUUCACAAGGUCUACCGACUGACUGGUCAAAACAGUGCACGUACAAAACGUGAUAGCAGUUUGGAUGCAGCAACCAACUCGAACAAGUCUUCUCGCAUGUUUGAACUAGGAAACUAGUGAUCAAACAAACAAUAUAAAAGCUGUUUCCGUAUUGCUACCGUUGUUACAGCAACUGGGAACGCUUGUGAUUCACAGUGCUAAAUCAUUUGAGAUUUGAAAAAUUACAAUAUGGCAUCCAGCAUCGGUUCGGUGUCAACGGGAACUAAAAAAUCUUCAACGACAGCAACGGGACAAACAGCGGCUACAGGUAGAAAAAAAUCAGGCCCUAAGUUCGAACUAACCGAUGAGCAGCGGCAAGAUAUUAAGGAAGCCUUCGAUUUGUUCGAUUCCGAAGGAACAGGCAUGAUAGACACUAAGGAGUUGAAGGUAGCUAUUCGAGCUCUAGGAUUUGAGCCUAAAAAGGAAGAAAUUAAAAAAAUGAUCGCCGAAAUCGAUAAGGAUAGUACCGGAAAGAUUUCGUUCGAAGACUUCCUAUCGCUAAUGACAGUUAAAAUGGCCGAGAAAGAUUCCAAGGAGGAGAUUCUGAAAGCAUUCCGAUUGUUCGACGAUGACGAAACUGGCACAAUUUCCUUUAAGAAUCUCAAACGGGUGGCCAAAGAACUGGGUGAAAAUCUUACCGACGAAGAGCUUCAGGAAAUGAUUGAUGAAGCGGAUCGCGACGGAGACGGAGAAGUGAACCAAGAAGAAUUCUUAAGGAUUAUGAAAAAAACUAGUCUCUACUGAGACGAAGUAGUAUGAAUAUAUCUAACUCUAUUACAGUACCUAAUAGAAUGCGGCAACAAAGAAAAUGCAUUUUUGCUAUUUUAAUGAUUAAAGCGCUAAGCUAUGCUAUAAUUUUAUAUAAGAGCACAAUAAACCAGUGAUGCACUGUUCUAUAACAAA